CCAUCGCUUCUUUCAACUUCAUUUGUUCCUCGACAAAAUCCCUUAACUGUUAUAGUUUGGAUUCUCGAUGAUGAUAUUUAUGCACGUCCCAAUAAAUUAUGUGUUCAGUUAUGGACGAAUCUGAUAGCACAAACUUGGUCUAGUAUAGAUAUUGAUGAAGAACAGCAAAAUAAAGUAAUUGGUUGUGAUCCCUCUGAAUCUUAUCGCGUUUUUAAAAUAAUAAUAUCUACUACUGAUAUUGAGGAAGGAUGGUAUGAAUUUACUGUCAGGAUCAAAAGAGAAGGCUGGAAUGAUUGGAGGUGGAUGAGUACGGAUGAAGGUCAAAACGCUAAAGUAUUCAUAAGUAAAACAGCAGAUGAUCUAAAUCAUAAAAAAGAUUUAAAUAAUUCCGUUUUUUAUGAAAAAAUCGAUGAAGAAAAAAUUAGAUAUAGCUUACAAGGAAAUGUUGACUGUUGGUGUAUAUCGAGUAAUGUUAAAUCCAAUUCUGGUCUGCCAAUUCGUAUAAAUUUUGGAGGAAUUCGGAAUUUGGUUCAAUAUGUCGUGUUACAAAGACUUUCAGCUUGGUGGAUGAUACCAGUCACGGGCAUUUCCAAGCUGGACAUAAAACACAAAGAUAUUCUUUAUAUAUUAAUUCAGCAAUCAUCUGGUCAUUAUAUCUCGCUAGUGCCUAUGGCAAGUGAUGGUUGCAUUUGUAGCUUUCGAUCAGAUGAAAAUGGCGGAUUAAUACUAUUCGUCAUAAACGAUAACGAACGUGAUAGUCACGCAAGAUUUGUUGUAGGCCGUGGAAACGAUCCAUACAUCACUACUAAAGCAUGUAUGAAAUAUAUCAAUGAAAUUAACGGAAAUUAUGAUGUUGAAGAAAAUAAUGGUAUUGAAACGGAAGAACAUUUCGAUUAUGAUCAAAUUGGAUUUUGUACUUAUAACGCGCAUACUCUUUGGGGUUAUUGGAAUGGUGUAGAUCCUAACUCCGAGUUGUCAGAUUCAUACAGAAUUGAAAGAGUAAAACAUUCGAAUGAAAUAAUCCAUAUUGUCAUACCGCAGGAUAUUCAAAAGUUUUACAAUGAUUUUUACAGUUAUUUAAAAAGUCAAG